UUCUUUUCCUUAAUAACACUAGGAAAACUAAGUGUAGCAAAAGGAAGAGAACAGGAGGAAAAAGUUGUGAGUCUUCGUGUUUAUGAACUGAGCCUAGAAGGGCUUUUCACACUUAACCCUCAAUGCCACCCACCUGCAGCCUGGCCCCUCUGAGGCUGUGACUCCACUUCAGUCCCUGUUCCGCUGUUCACUUUGUUCUUGGUCUAGGGCUUUGCUCCACGCCCACGCCACCAGCAAAGACCAAACAAAGACACACUUUCCCCCUACGCGCUCCCUUGUCUUCAGACCCUGUUUUUCUGGGGCAGGAUGACUCACUUCUGCGGUGCGCCCUCCAGCUGUGUAGCGUAGGAGCCCGGGCUGCUGGGCUGCAGGCCCAGAAGGUCAGAGGCUGAGGGAGGGAAGUGCCAGUCUCCAACCCUCCCGAGCAUGGAGGGGACCUACGAGGGGACCAAGCCGAGUUCUGUCAGCGGAGCAUGGAGGGGACCUACGAGGGGACCAAGCCGAGUUCUGUCGGCUCUGCGGCGGGGCCGAACGCGCGCGUCUGUGAAUCUGCGCAGCAGCCUCUCUUGCCGGCCCUCAUUGCCGAGGAAGAGCCAGUCCCUCAGAGCUGAAGGACACUGAGGACACGAGGACAAUGAGGCGAGAGCUCCUGUGUGUGCUGCUGCUUUGUGGGGCCGUCUCCACCCUGCCCAGCCAGGUGCCUGUCCCUCCCCUCGUGUACCCUGAGAAGACUCACACCCGAUUCAGGAGAGGUGCCAGGUCCUACAGAGUGACCUGCAGGGAUGAGAAGACUCAGAUGACUUACCAGCAGCACGAGUCGUGGCUGCGGCCCCUGCUCAGAGGCAACCGGGUGGAAUUCUGCUGGUGUAAUGGUGGCAGGCCACAGUGCCACUCGGUGCCCAUCAAGGGCUGCAGCGAGCCCAGGUGUUUCAAUGGGGGAAUCUGCCGGCAGGCCCUCUACUUCUCAGACUUCGUCUGCCAGUGCCCCCAGGGGUUUAUGGGGAAACGCUGCGAAAUAGACACCAGAGCCACAUGCUACAGGGACCAGGGCAUCUCCUACAGGGGCACAUGGAGCACAGCGCAGAGCGGGGCCGAGUGUGUCAACUGGAACAGCAGCGUGCUGGCCCUGAAGCGCUACAGUGCGCGGAGGCCAGGUGCCAUCAAGCUGGGGCUUGGGAACCACAACUACUGCAGAAACCCAGACCAAGACUCGAUGCCCUGGUGCUAUGUCUUUAAGGCAGGAAAGUACAUCUCAGAGUUCUGCAGCACACCGGCCUGCCCCAAGGGAAGCAAUGCGGACUGCUACUCUGGAAAUGGGUCAGCAUACCGCGGUACCCGGAGCUUUACCACGUCCGGUGCCUCCUGCCUCCCGUGGGACUCUGUGAUCCUGAGGGGCAGGGGUUACACCGCAUGGAGGUUCAACUCCCAGGCUCUGGGCUUGGGCACACACAAUUAUUGCCGGAACCCAGACGGGGAUGCCAAGCCCUGGUGCCACGUGUUAAAGGACCACAAGCCAACCUGGGAAUACUGCGAUCUGCCCCAGUGCUCUACCUGUGGCCUGCGCCAAUACCAGGAGCCCCAGUUCCGCAUUAAAGGCGGACUCUACUCGGACAUCGCCUCGCAUCCUUGGCAGGCUGCAAUCUUCAUCGGGAAUAAGAAGUCGGAGGAAGACAGGUUUCUGUGUGGGGGAGUGCUCAUCAGUUCCUGCUGGGUCCUGUCAGCUGCCCACUGCUUCCUGGAAAGGUAUUCUCCUCACCUCCUUAAGGUGGUCCUGGGCAGAACAUAUCGGGAGGUCCCUGGUGAAGAAGAGCAGAAAUUUGAAGUUGAAAAAUAUAUCCUCCAUAAGGACUUUGAUGAGGACACUUACGACAAUGACAUCGCCCUGCUGUACCUGAGGUCAGACUCGCUGCACUGUACCCAGGAGAGCGCCACGGUCCGCACUGCCUGCCUCCCGGCCGCCGACCUGCAACUGCCUGACUGGACAGAGUGCGAGCUGUCCGGCUACGGCAAGCACGAGGCGUCCUCUCCCUUCUAUUCUGAGCGACUGAAGGAGGCUCACGUCAGACUGUACCCGCCCAGCCACUGCACGUCACGGCAUCUGUUUAAUAAAACCAUCACACACAACAUGCUGUGCGCCGGAGACACUCGGAGUGGAGGGAACCAAGCAAACCUGCACGAUGCUUGCCAGGGUGACUCGGGAGGCCCCUUGGUGUGCAUGAGGGACAAGCGCAUGACUCUGGUUGGCAUCAUCAGCUGGGGCAUCGGCUGCGGGCAGAAGGAUGUUCCGGGUGUAUAUACUAAGGUCACUAACUACCUCACGUGGAUUCAAGACAAUAUGCAGCCAUGACCAAGAAGCCCCCGCUCCCGAACUCCAAGGAGAGCCUGCAUUCCUCCUCUUUAAGAAGAUGCUCGCAAACACCAGGCACUUCUUCAGGCCAGUUUCUCAACCCACAUGCCAUGCAGGGAGGACAGUCAAUAGGCAAGAAUGAAGUGCAUCUGUGCUUUAGAAGGUUUUAGGGGUUGAGGUCAGCCUUGAGAAUGUAUUGUAUCAGGUGAGAAGACAGGUAAAUAAAUGCCAAUCUUCGCCAGGUUCUGCAGGCAGAACAAAAGCCCGAGCUCUUCAUGGGACCUGAGCUCGGGAGCUGAGACCUCAGAGGAAAGCGGAUCUCAAUUGUAAGAAAUGUGCAGACCCUUUGGGACAGAAAGAUUGCCUUAGAACUAGAAUGUGUAUUUAUGGUUACAAGAUAGCCCGAUGAGGCCUUCGGACAAAAUGGGCUGGCCGGCCAGAUCACGUUCCCCAAACCACCUCGGAAUCACAUAUUUUCCUUCCCCCUUUCCACUCCACAGCUCUUAAAAAGUAUUCCUUUUGUGUACAGUAGACCUUUUUUUUUCUUUCUAGACUUUAUAGAAUGGGAGCAUUCUGUCAUUUUAAUAAUUGAUGAGCUAGGCUUUAGCAUAUUUAUAUCAAUCCAUUUUAGUUUUUACUUUCUGUUGCCACAACUUUGUAUCAUACUGUACUUACACAAUAAAUUCGGA